AUGGUGGGGGUUUCUAAUGCAGAAUAUUUGUUCAAAUUCCUUGUAAUCGGAAGCGCAGGAACAGGCAAAUCGAGCCUCCUUAAUAACUUUAUUGGAAAUAAGUUCAAAGAAGAUAGAUGUCACACCAUAGGAGUGGAAUUUGGUUCUAAAAUUGUUAAUAUUGGUGGUAAAUCGACUAAACUCCAAAUAUGGGAUACAGCAGGUCAAGAAAGGUUCCGUUCAGUGACACGCUCGUACUACAGGGGAGCUGCAGGAGCAUUGCUUGUGUAUGAUAUUACAUCUCGAGACUCAUUCAAUGCUCUCUCUAACUGGCUAAGAGAUGCAUGCACCCUGGCUAGUCCCAAUAUAGUAAUAUUAUUGGUUGGAAAUAAAAAGGAUUUGGAAGAAUCUAGAGAGGUCACAUUUUCAGAGGCUAGCCAAUUUGCACAAGAUAAUGAGUUGAUGUUCCUCGAAACCAGUGCAAAAACUGGUGAGAAUGUAGAAGAAGCAUUCUUGAAGUGCUCAAAGACAAUACUUGCUAAAAUAGAGACGGGAGAGUUAGAUCCAGAGAGGAUAGGGUCUGGUAUACAGUAUGGAACAGGCACUUCCAAGAGAUUGGCUGCACCAAAGAGACCAGCAAGGACACCAUCAGAUUGUGCAUGCCGUGUCUAAAUCUAAAUUAUUUAGCCCUUUUCAUGCAGCUUGACUGAUUAACAUUUUAUUUAACUAUACUAUAUAAAGUGAUACUUAUAAUGUUGAAAAUUGUCUAAUAUCGACCCAGUUUAUAUGAAUUAAUCUUGAAAACAUUCAGGAUUGUAAAUGAAGUUGACUAUCAUUGAAGAUAAGAAAUUAAAUUUAUUUACAGGUAUAUAAUGCCAUUAUGUUCAACAUUUAUAACUUGAACACAAAAUUUAAUUAGAUUAGUGUAUUCUAUCAUGAUGAUCAAGCUAAACUUUUAUUACUGAUAAUGGUAUAAAUUUCAGAUUUAGAAAAAAAUCAUUCUCAUUUCUCAUAAGUGCUAAAUGCACUAUGAUAUAAUUAGAAAUAAUAAUUGAGUAUUGUUUAAGAGCAAAUGAAUAGCAGUUUAAUUUACAACAUUAUGUUCAAGAUCAACAUGUGUAAGGUAAUUUAUGUUUCUUUAUAAACCAAAUAUAUAUUUGUAUUUAUACACAGUUAGAAAGGGUUACUUUAUAUCAUGUUUAAUAUUUUAGUUUUUUCGGAUGCAAUGUAAUAUUCUGAUAAUGCUUAAUGGAUAGGUGUAGAAAGUGAAUUAAAAAUUCAAUCAUAAUUAUUGUCUAUAAAUCUGUAUCGAUAAGGCAUAAGGAAUCUCGAAAUUAUCCCUCCUGUAUAUUAUAUUUAUAAUGGUUACAUAUUUAUUUAAGUGUUUAUUUGAUUAAGUAAAAAAUAUUAUUGCUUUUGUAAUUAAGUAACAAUUUCGUUUUAUGUGGACACUUUCUUUUGACCAAAUAAAAAUUAAAGAUUGAAGAAUUAAUUGGUAAAUGUGAACACUAUUAUUUUAAAAGUAAUCUAUAAGUACAUAUUCACUUUUCUCUAAUUUAGUGCACAAUUGUAAGUGUGUUGAUUGUGACAAUAAAGCGAAGUAAACAUCACAUUGUUUUCUA